AUGACGACAGAUUUAGACACAUUAAGUGAUCAACUACGCAAAAAUUAUUACAGGGACCUUUCGCUCUUUCAAGAUGACGAAGACCCUUUUUACCAUUAUCUUAUAUCUACAAAACUGGCCACAAACUUAAAUACCGUGAGAAAACUGGCUAUAAAGGAUAACUUGGAUGAUCCGUCUUCUGAUGCUAUUGAUAGAUACCAGAAAAACUUUAGCAGACUAGAGGAAUCGGUUAGCUCUAUCAGUUUCUCCAAAGCUUCUAAGUUGCAACAGAAAUAUGAUGCAUAUCAGGAAUCUCAAAAGAAAAGGCGAUAUAGUGUUGAUUUCGAUGCAACGCCCGACGUGCCUAUAGGAGAUGAGGACGAUGUUGAUAUAAUAUCCAAUGUUGAAGCAAUUAAUGACAACGAUUCUUUGAAGGAGCUCCGCCAAAGGCUUAUGGGUAAAAGAAGGGACAGCGCUGAUACGGAGGGUGAAUCAUUUGACAAACAAAUGCAAAUUCAGGAUGAUCUUCAGAAGGAACUGGUUGAAGACAUGUCCCAGCUAGUUUCAGGCUUAAGACAAGGUGCGGAAGCUUUCCAGAAUGCUAUCGAACACGACUCUACUGUUCUUAAGGCAGCAGAAAUCGGAUUGCAUGUUACUUCUAAGAGCCUUUCUUCACUCGGAUCCAGAUUGAAAAAGUAUCACAAUGAAAAAAUUGGAUUUUUAAUGAAGUUAGGACUUUUAUCGUUUAUUAUAAUUGGUCUAUUGGUCACCUAUCUUGUAAUAAAAGUAUUUCCAGAUUUAUGA